AUGAAACUCAGAAUACUUAAUAGUAUUGUUGACUUUUUAGAUUCCAAAGGAAAAGAAAUAUACGAUUCUACAGAGAAAAUCCAAAAACUUCAAACAGAGCUAAACGAAAUUCCAAAACAAAAAAGUGACAACGAAAUACAAUCACUUCAAUCUCAACUCAAUCAAAUCAAUGAAGAAAGCAACAAAUUAAAAGAAAAACUCAAUGAAAUGGAAAGUAACACCAAUCAAGCCGAUGAAACAAUUUUAUCAAAAAUUAAAGAGCUAAAGGAAUCAGAUGAUUUCGAAAGUAUCUACAAUUUCCUUGAUGAGCUUUCAUCUCAAGGAAAUCGAAAAAUGAUUUCAAAAGCAUGUGAAGAAGGACUUUGGAAGAAGACAACUACUGUACAUUUUCGAGAUGAUGGUGAUGAGUUUGAUGAAAGGAAUGUACUUCAUGUAGCAAGUAAUAAAGGAAAUCUCAAACUUGUCAAAUCUCUCAUUGAAUGCGGCUGUGAUAAAGGUACAAAGAGUUCAUGUGGCUUGACUCCACUCAAUUAUGCAUCGUUUAUUGGCCAUAUUGAAAUUGUUAAAUAUCUUAUCUCUAAUGGAGCUGAUAAAGAAGCAAAGGAUAAUGCUGGAUCUACUCCACUCAUUUAUGCAUCAUCUAAUGGUCAUCUUGAAGUUGUUCAAUAUCUUAUCUCUAAUGGAGCUGAUAAAGAAGCAAAGAAUAAAUAUGGAUGGACUCCACUCAUUUGGGCAUCAGAUAAUGGUCAUCUUGAAGUUGUUCAAUAUCUUAUCUCUAAUGGAGCUGAUAAAGAAGUAAAGAAUAAUGAUGGAAAUACUCCACUCAUUUUUGCAUCAGCUAAUGGUCAUCUUGAAGUUGUUCAAUAUCUUAUCUCUGUUGGUGCUGAUAAAGAAGCAAAGAGUAAUGAUGGAAAUACUCCACUCAUUUUUGCAUCAGCUAAUGGUCAUCUUGAAGUUGUUCAAUAUCUUAUCUCUAAUGGAGCUGAUAAAGAAGCAAAGGAUAAUCGGGAAAUGACUCCACUCAUUUGGGCAUCAAGAUAUUGUAAACUUGAAGUUGUUCAAUAUCUUAUCUCUAAUGGAGCUGAUAAAGAAGCAAAGAAUAAUAAUGGAUGGACUCCACUCAUUUGGGCAUCAAGAUAUGGUCAUCUUGAAGUUGUUCAAUAUUUAAUCUCUAAUGGAGCUGAUAAAGAAGCAAAGGAUAAAUAUGGAUAUACUCCACUCAUUUUUGCAUCAGUUACCGGUCAUCUUGAAGUUGUUCAAUAUCUUAUCUCUAAUGGAGCUAACAAAGAAGCAAAGGAUAAUGAUGGAUGGACUCCACUCAUUUGGGCAUCAAGAUAUGGUCAUCUUGAUGUUGUUAAAUAUCUUAUCUCUAAUGGAGCUGAUAAAGAAGCAAAGAAUAAUAAUGGAUCUACUCCACUCAUUUGUGCAUCAGAAGAAGGUCAUCUUGAAGUUGUUCAAUAUCUUAUCUCUAAUGGAGCUGAUAAAGAAGCAAAGAAUAAUGAUGGAAAAACGGCAUUAGAUCUUGCAACAGACAAUGUAAAAAAUUAUCUAAAAUCUUUAUGA